AUGUUCUUUUACCGUGGGCUAGCCCUUUUGGUUGGGUUUGUCGUACUUUCGAAUGUCGGUGCGCAGACAACUUUGGACUCCUACCCGGGGUGCUACUCCUCUUGUGGGUUUGUCAUUACCGACUACAAAGCCGGAGAAUUUCAAAUGCAGGCCUUAUGCGACAAAUCUACUUCGGGUGGCGGACUCUUCUUUGACAACAUCGAAGAAUGUGCCAACUGUGUUCGAACGAACAACGGGUUGAGCUCUUAUUUCGACCUAGAAGAUGCAGAAGAAAUUAUAACCGUUCUGCAAAUCUGUCCAACUGCUUUUCCCGACAGCCGCGAUGAAAUGGUUUCUGCUAUCUUGGUUAUUAGCGAGUACGGGCAUCUAGCCAAAACAACAACGACUGAAGCGAAUACAACUACAUUGAGUUCCACUGCUGUACCUGCAACGAGCGUAUCAGCAACAACGACACAACCACCCUCACGGACGGAGACUCCUCCGGUCGAUGAAAGCUCACAUUCAGAAGAUAAAGCAUGGAUUGCCGGUCCUGUCGUUGGGUCCAUCGUUGGUGUUGCUCUUGUUAUUGUUGCCGCCAUUUUUGUGCUGAAGAGACACAAACGAAAUCAAGGUGCCGGGGCUGCAGUGGAUUUGAACAACCAACGUGGCGAUGCCUAUGAAAAGGCUGAGUUACCAGGUGAAGGAAAGGCACGACACGGACUUGCAAUCCAUAAUGCCAUGGAACUCGAUUCAAACAUAUCUGCCCAGGAGUUAGCUUCGAGGGAAAUAUGCGAACUCCCUGGCGACGAAAGACGCUAA